AUGCUCGAGAGCAUCAUCGAACCACACGUCUGGCUGGACGUGCACAUGCUCCACAUCGACGGCUGCAUCGCGAAGAUAUCCGCGCUUGCCCGCACGUUCUCCAACCUCUGCCACCUCACGUUCCACAUAGAGUUCUCCGUCAAGCAGGAGAUGGGGUUCCAGAACAACCUGAAGACCCCCCCGCUCAUGGAGAAGACUAAGCCCCUCGUGCUCUCCGUCACGCUCUCGCACACAGUCUUGGAGGUGUUCCUAGGGCGCAUGAAGAGCUCGAUGCUGUUGCUACGGUCUAUGGAGAUGGUCGUCAAUAAUAGGGCGUGCGGUCGUGCCAGCAUGCAAUGGUAA